GGCAGUUGGCAUCGGUGUCAUUUCUCAAAAGAGAGAAAGAAAGCGGCAGCGAAGGAGAAGAUCAGAGCAUCACCGUGACAUGUCCAAUGCCGUGCAAGAAAUAGGCUUGCGCUAAAUUUAAAGGGGAAUGGAAAAACAACUCUAAAUGUUGCUACGAAAUCUAGGGCAAUGCCGACCUUACCCUACGAAGAGCCAGCAUUGAUGCCAGAAACCCAAUUCGGCGCCUUCCCGCGGGACUGUGUCGCUGAAAUCAGGGUCAGGAAACAGGACCCCUUUCCGAAAAUGGAAACGUCACCGAUUUCCAACCCGGAGGCAGAGAGGAAGAUCAGGGAGGAAGAGUCGGAGAAGGACGACGAUGAAAGCGAGGAAGGCCAAGACGAGAACGGGCAGCCCAGGCGCAGAGGACCAAGGAAAAAGAAGAUGACCAAAGCGCGGAUCGACAGGGUUAAACUGCGACGUAUGGAAGCCAACGCCAGAGAGAGGAACAGGAUGCAUGGGCUGAACAAUGCACUGGACAGCCUCCGAAAGGUGGUGCCCUGCUACUCCAAAACGCAGAAACUGUCCAAAAUAGAGACUUUGCGCCUGGCGAAGAACUACAUCUGGGCGCUGUCGGAAAUCCUCAGCACCGGCAAGAGACCCGACCUGUUGACCUUCGUGCAAACUCUGUGCAAAGGCUUGUCCCAGCCCACCACCAACUUGGUAGCCGGCUGCCUCCAGCUUAACGCCAGGAACUUCAUCGCGGAUCACAACGGGGAUGCUUCUUUGUGCGGCAGAUCGCCGUACGACGCACUGUACCCACCUUACCACAGCCCCGAUGUCGGCACGCCCACCGGGCACGGCGGCCCCAGCGCGGAUGGCGCUAAGGCCUUCAGAUCAUACAGUUACUGCAGUGCCUACGAGUCCUUCUACGAGAGUACGUCCCCCGAAUGCACCAGUCCCCAGUUUGAGGGCCCCCACAGCCCGCCCAUGAACUUCAACGGGAUAUUUUCACUUAAACACGAAGAUCCUGGCGAGUAUGGUAAGAGCUGCCACUACGGCAUGCGCUACUGCGCGGUGCCCGCCAGAGGUGCCCUGGGCCAAAACUCCAUGUUUAGGGGGUCCUGCGACAUCCAUUUCCCGUAUGACAUACACCUACGCGGCCAGGCAUUCUCCGCCCAAGAGGAGCUAAGCACGACUUUUCACAAUUGAUGAGGAAAAACUAAAUCGCGGUUUCCUUUCGCCCUCUAAUGACAAAAAAACAGACUUCACGUAGACUUUUAUUAAAAGAAACAUACUGUACGUUAUAUAACAGCUAGUUGCAAGUAAUUUCACAUUAAUGUGUUUUAAUAAUGGGAACAUAUUACAUGAGCACACAAGAAACAAAAAAUAUCAAACGCCCGGCUUUUAUUUCUUGAAACAAGAUGAACUGAAUUCAACAGAUAAGUGCUUUUUGUUUCGCUUGAAUUGGGUUGAAAUGUAAGAAGUACGUGUUGCCCCUGUUUAAAUUACUUGUCUGCUGCAUACGUUUUGGCCUAACUGAACUGAAAUCACAAUAUAUAGCUAAUUCGCUACGGCGACUAUACGCCGCUACAGAGUUUCAUAAUUAUAAAUCGGUGUUUAACUGCUGCCGUCCGGGGCUCAUUUUCAUGUGUUAUGAGUAAUCCGGUGUAAUAAAUACAAAAGCAAUAAAGGGAAAACGAACUAUGCAAUAAAAAUCGUUUUGCCCUUAAAAUCCCAUUGUUGAAAUCGAAUAAAAGUAGGCCUACGUAUUAAUCGUAUUAAUGAGUCAUGGUGAUUUGCCUGACAAAUUUGUUUUAUAAAUUAGAAACUAAGUUUUAAACUCCACCGGAUGACAAAUAAAAGUUAUUUUUAACCGUACAUUUCAGUCUAUGAAAAGGUGUAAUAUAUGGAUGAUCGUGAUAGUUUACUCAAUGCAGAUUUUGUCUGCAGUUUUGAGUAUUUAACUAUAAAAAUGAAUGGAGGAUAAUUAGUGGAGUGAGUUCGAUUAAUCGCGCGGCUUACGUGUAACAUACAUGUGUCUAUAAAUUUCGAAUGGUUACUGAGAUUUGCUGAGCUAUUCUAAUUUUCCCGAUUAUGUGUGAAUGCAAGUUCAUAGUAUAGGCUACAUAUUUGUCGAAGUUUAUCAACAUCAGCCAUGAAGCCAGUCAGACACGAAGUGGUCGCGUGCGGUGGAACGCCUAAAAAGAGGGUCUUCACACGAUUGCACACGGUGACGUCAUUGAUGUUUUAUGGAAAUGGACACGCGGACGUGAAUUUAUGGGACCCGUCAAUUAAAGUGUUUAAGCAAAGCACUACAGUUUACAUGUAAAUAUUAUUUGUUUGGAAUGUGGAUUUUGUGGCAAUGUAUUAUGCAGAUGUAAUGUUUUGUUUAACCAUGAGUUCAGUUUUUGUUAUUAUUUUUUACCUUCUCACAAAUGUACCGUUGUUAUUCAUGUUGAGGUCUUGUACCUAUGGUGGUUCAAAAUCAUAUUUACAAGCCUAGCUAAAUGUACAUUGUAGGAAUGAAACCUGUAGAAUAUUCUCGGUGGAAAUGAUUGUAUUCAAGUGUCUUAUCAUUUUACGAGCGUGGAGAUUCUCUGCCUUAAUUUCAAUGAAAUCUUUGGCACGUGUCAGUUAUGCAAUGGCAUGGAUGUCCUGAGUUGUGGCUUUGUACAAAUUUUAUGUUUCUAUUUGAUAUCUUAAGACGAGGGGUUUUGUUAAAGACGAAAAUCCGUCAUGCACUAAACUGUUACUCUACAUAUUUGUAAUCGACGAUGACGUUGUUUUGUACAGCAAAAUGAAAAUAAAACUAUAAAACGAAA